AUGGCUAUUUUGCGUGCUGCUAUUCUCACCAAACAAAUUCUUUGCCGCUCAGUUAUAUUUGCAAAUGAAGAAGCUUCCAUAUCCAUAGACAUACCAAAAGGAUUUCUUGCUGUCUAUGUUGGAGAGAACCAGAAGAAGAGAUUUUUGGUUCCAGUAUCCUAUUUAAGGCAACCCUCAUUUCGGGCUCUACUUAGUAAAGCUGAAGAAGAGAUUGGUUUUGAUCAUCUGAUGGGCAGAUUGACAAUUCCCUGCAGUGAAGAAACUUUCUUCGAUGUCACCUCUCUACUGAACAGAUCAUGA